AUGGCAGCAGCCAAGGAGUUCGAUGAGGCCACCCAGAGGGAGCUGCAGUCCUUCAUAGAGCAGCAGCAGGCACAGGCAAGAGUGCAGCAGUCCAUACACACCUUCAAUGACAUGUGCUGGACAAAGUGCAUCACAGGCACACCGAGCAAUCGCUUCUCUAGCAAAGAGGAACAAUGCCUCGUCAACUGCGUUGACCGCUUCUUGGACUCUUCGUUGUUCAUCGUCAAGAGGUUAGAGGAGCAGAGGAAUGCUGCAGGCCAGUGA